CUUAAUUUACUUAUAAUUAUCAUAUAAGUAUAGAUAUAUAUAUAAUGACGAUAUAUAUCUUUUAAACCUAAUUUUCGGUUCCGCGUCUUUUUUUUCUUUUCUUUCUUCUUCAUUUCUAAUUCUCAUCCCCUGCUCUCUCUUUUUUCUUUUCGAAACCCUAGCUUUCUAUCUCUCUCUCUCUAGGGUUUCUCUACCAUGUUUUUGUUUUUCUAGCUAUAUUUUCUAUUUCUGCUACUCUGUUUCUUUCUCUUGCUAUAGUUUGGAUCUCAAAUUACAAUGGACUACGGAGGUGUCCGUAAGAGAGGCAGGCCUGAGGCUACUUUGAAUGGCAAUGGUGGCUUCAAGAAAUCCAGACAAGAAAUGGAGUCCUUUUCAACUGGUAUAGGAAGCAAAUCCAAGCCAUGCACAAAAUUUUUCAGUACUUCUGGGUGCCCUUUUGGUGAGGGAUGUCACUUCUUGCAUUAUGUUCCUGGUGGCUUCAAAGCUGUGUCUCAGAUGCUUAAUAUUGGUAGCAACCAAGCUCUUCCACCAGCAAAUAGAAAUUCUGGUGUCCCACCAUCCUUUCCAGAUGGCUCAUCUCCCCCAGCUGUGAAGACCCGUUUGUGUAAUAAAUACAACACAGCUGAAGGUUGCAAGUUUGGGGAUAAAUGUCAUUUUGCGCAUGGUGAGUGGGAGCUUGGGAAGCCGACUGGUCCGUCCUAUGAAGAUCCUCGUUCUAUGGGCCCAAUUCCAGGUAGGAUGGGCCGCCAAAUGGAGCCUCCUCACCAAGGCCUUGGUGCUGGUGCUAGCUUUGGGGCCAAUGCCACAGCUAAGAUCAGCAUUGAUGCUUCGCUAGCUGGAGCUAUUAUUGGGAAAAAUGGUGUCAACUCAAAGCAAAUCUGUCGGCUGACCGGGGCAAAACUUUCCAUAAGAGAGCAUGAGACAGACCCGAACUUGAGGAACAUUGAGUUUGAGGGUACUUUUGAUCAAAUCAAUCAAGCAAGUUCUAUGGUUCGUGAGCUUAUUGGGAAUGUUAGCCAAGCCUCAGCACCUCCAAUGAAGAACCCGGCUAUGCAUUCUUCUGCUUCGCAAAACUUCAAAACCAAGCUUUGUGAGAACUUCACGAAAGGAUCUUGCACUUUUGGGGAUAGGUGUCACUUUGCACAUGGUGAAAAUGAUUUGCGGAAGCCAGGGAUGUGAAGGAAGCUGUUUCUCUACCUUCUAAUUGCUUUUGGUUCUGUUCUUUUAGGACAUUCUCGUUGUAGCCUGGGAUAUUUGGUGUGUUAACCAAAUAUUUUUGUACGCAAAGGAUAGACAGACAGUCGCCAUUGAUGAGAGCUUUGUUGUAGGUUUUGCUGUUCAGUAAAUUUUUAAUGAUUUUACUGUAUUUUGUUUCUCUCUGAAAUUCGUGGUAGGAACUUUCCAGCGUCAAUGCAUUACUCAGAGAAUUCAGAGUUUUAGGAUCAUUUUCAAUUCUUCCGAUUAAAUUCAUAUUUAUGACCUAUUGUCUGAAUGAGAAUACAUGUUGAUCGGGUGACUUUUAUUUGAGUAGCA